CUGGGUGUGAAGAUGGCGGACGAGGAGGCCGAGCAGGACCGUAGUCCUGCCGAUGGUAUCAGUGAAACAAUUGGGAAACUCAGACAGCGUUUGGAAAUACUCCACGAGCUCGUUACAGGAAAUAAGGACUCGCAGAUCCAGUCAUCCUCUUCUGAAUAUUGUCAAGAGUUUUGCACGACGCUGUUGGAGUUUGCAGGAUGUUGGAGGAUCGACGAGGAGCCUUUGCCACUGGUGCAAGUGUACAUUAUUGCCCUGUUGAGUUAUGCCCAGGCUUCUCCAUACCUCUCCUUGCAAUGUGAAAAUGUUCCUCUUGUCAUUGAGAGGCUCUCUCUGAGCUUUCUGGAGCUUCUGCUCUCGGUGAAGGAUUUACCAGAUGAGUUAUGGAAAGAAUUCAAGUCAUCUGUGCAGUUUGCAGAUGGCAAACUUCAGGAGAAUGGAAUCACCCUGCUCCCUCCUCUAUGUGCUCUGAGCCAGUAUGAUGGUGUUUGGAGCCACUGGGUCCUGCAAGGCCUUCUAGCCAACAGUAACCUCCAACCAGAACAAGUUGAGGAGUUUCUGGAGCAGGAAGGGAUGAUCCUGCUGCAGAUGAGAGUGAAACAGCUGAUGAAGGAGAAACAGCUGGGGAAGGCUGCGCUUCUGGCAAAGACCUGCUCCGGUUGCUCUGCCUUCCAAGGCAAAGGAGCUUUCAAGCAGAUGUACCUGGUCUGCCUCUGUGGGACUUUAGAACGAGAUCAGCUCAUGGAUGAGCUUUCAAAGGAGGACUGUCGUGAGGUAUUAGACAUGAUCUGCAACCUGGAGUCAGACGGAGAUGACAACGCAGCUUUCAGUUUAUGCUCUGCUUUCCUGACCCGUCAGUUUCUCCAAGGAGACACAUACUGUGCUUGGGAGCUCACUCUGUUUUGGAGCAAACUUAUGAAGCGACUGGAGCCGUCAGACCAGGCCUUCCUUGACAGAUGCUGUCAAAUGUCUCUACUAUCCAAGUCUGUGUACCACAUCCUGUUCCUCAUCAAGGUCAUCCAGUCAGAGAUUGACCAGGCUGGCCUGCCAGUGUGCAUCGAAAUGUGCAUAAGGGCUCUACAGAUAAAAUCAGAUGACAGAAAAACCAAAUCCACCGUAUAUAAAACCAUUUCCUGUUUGCUUCCUGCUGACCUGGAAGUGAAGCGAGCCUGUCAGCUUACAGAGUUCCUCCUGGAACCCACAGUGGAUGCAUACUAUGCUGUGGAGACUCUUUACAAUGAACCAGAUCAAAAACUAGACGAGGUGAAUAUGCACAUUCCCAACUCGCUUCGUUGUGAGCUACUUUUAGUUUUGAAAACCCAAUGGCCCUUUGACCCAGAGUUCUGGGAUUGGAAAACACUGAAACGUCAUUGCUUGGAGCUAAUGGGUGAAGAGGCAUCAAUAGUGUCAUCUAUUGACUCACUGAAUGAUACUGAGAACCCAGAGGAAGACUAUAUGAGUCUAAAGGACUUCAACAAUAUCCCAGACCACAUUGUCAGUGGCACAUAUGAACUUCAAGAUAUCACAGACAAGAAACAGAAAACCAGAGAAAUGAAAAAACUAAGAGAAAAAGGAUUUAUAUCUGCCCGGUUCAGAAACUGGCAGGCCUACAUGCAGUACUGUGUACUCUGUGACAAAGAGUUUCUUGGUCACAGGAUUGUACGUCAUGCUCAGACUCAUUUAAGCAGUGGAACAUACACAUGCCCAAUAUGUGCUCAAACCUUCAGCUCAAAAGAUACUUUGAUCCCACAUGUAACAUCACAUGUUAAACAAUCUUGCGAGGAAAGGCUGGCGGCAAUGAAAACCAACAAAAAUCUGGCUAAUCCUCAAAUAACCACUCCUGGUAUUGCAGCGCUGCAGAUCCAAACACAAAAUGAUCUAUACAAAAAUGGCAAUUCCUUGAGGCGUAAUGAAGGUUUAAUUCAAAAUGGUCAGGCGAAAGUGAUCAGAGGUGGCUCAGAGAUAUGCGAGGAGAACAUGUGCCCAGUUGGAACAUGCAGAAGGAGCUUCAAGUUCUUCAAAAAUCUUAUUGCACAUGUUAAAGCUCACGGAGACGACGAGGAAGCAAAGAGUUUCCUAGAAAUGAGAAGCAAAAAGGUUGUUUGUCAGUAUUGUCGUCGCCACUUUGUUAGUGUCACCCAUCUUAAUGAUCAUUUACAAGUCCACUGUGGUGUGAAGCCUUACAUCUGUAUACAGCUAAACUGCAAGGCAAGUUUUCUGUCAAACACUGAACUCCUCAUACACAGGAAAAGGCACACUAUUUUCAAGGCUAGAUGCAUGUUUCCAAACUGUGGAAAGAUUUUUAGUGCUGCCUUCAAGCUGUAUGACCACGAGGCACAGCAUUAUAAAACUUUCACCUGUAAAGUUGUGGACUGUGGAAAGGUAUUCCACUCUCAAGAGCAGCUGGAUUUGCACCAGGAAAAACAUGCUGCCCUACAGGAAGAAAGCCAAUCUUCCCGACAGCAUCCAGCUUCUGAACAGCCUUCACAAAAUUCACAACCUGGUCUGUCGCUGAUUGAACAAAUACUUUGCAAUAAAUCUCGGCUUAAGCAAGAGCAUUCCCAAGAAAAUGUAAACAGGGAAAGUGCUUGUAAUCCAAAUCAUGGAAAGCUUCCAAUGUCUGACAUUUUGCUGAAAUCCACUCAACAUCCUGUUGAAACUUUGGGACAAUGCAGAGUGAAAGCUCAAAGUGUGGCUUUUCCAUCCAGCCAGAUGGGAUGUGUCAACAGUUCUGUCAUCAAAACUGUACAUUCCCACUUACUUGAACCAAACAGACAAAGUGAUCAUUUUGGAGAUUAUAGAAUACCUCAUAAUCAUCCAGUGCCUCCAUCGGAAGCCAGCUCUGGAAAUCUUUUGCAAAGCCAGCCAAAAGUGUUCUCUAGUAUGAAUGCUGACGCAGCUCGUUACAUCUCUGAUUGUGACUUACCAUUGCCAGCACAGCAAGGGCAAAUGGCAGGUAAUAACUCGCUACCAGUACCACUGUCACAGAUUUCUAGAGAACCAGCAAUGUUGCAACCACUCCCACCGACUGUAAGCCCACAGCAACUACCUGGAAACAAACCAGUAAACCCUGUAACACCCUCAAAUAGUACAGGACCUCCCCCCGGACAGAGGGAGAGAUUUCACUGUGCGUUUGGAGCAUGCACAAGACACUAUAGCUCCUACAGAAGUGUGGCCAAGCACAUGAAGGCAGUCCACCCAGAUUUCUACGAGCAAUGGAAAGUUACUCGGACUAAGAUCAAGAUAACCUAUGUUCCAGCGCAGAGUGCAUCGUCUGCUGCACAUUUGAGUUCAGUUUCCCCACAUCAGAUUCAGCAGGCCCAUGGUGUGUCAGUUCAUGGAGUUCAAAGGCAAAAUGUUAUUCAAUCACCUCCUUAUGCUAACAGGGUAACCAGCUCAAACUAUGCUGCCCAACAGUCACUUUCCUCACUUAACCACAGACAAAAUAGUUCAUUGCUAAUGGGAAAUGUUUUGAGCCCUAUUGUUCUCUCUCAGUUAGGCACUGAGAGAGAUCCCAUUGCUACACCAUCCCAAUUUAUAGGCAGUCAAAACUGGCAGACUGUUGAUGGAAGCAAACAAAUUCAUAACUCGGAUCCUUCCCAAGUCUUUCCACCUAAUGUGCAAGUGAUGCCACCAGCUGAUUCUAGUAGUGGUGCUCCAUCUCUAACAGUUUCAUCUUGCACUAUGAUGAGCAGACCAGAAUCCUUUCAGUCACACCUGAUGAAGAGUAGGAUGCAGUCCAUUAUUUCUUCAAACAUAAACCAUGCAAAGGAAAUAUCCCAACAAGCAAAAACUCUUACGCCAUGUGCAUUGCAGAUGCAGAACAAUUUUGUCUCUGGUUCAGUGACACCAGAGAACAUCAAAGCAAUGGAAAGUCAUGAACAAUCCAAUUACUCCCAUCUGGAUAGAGCAAGCCAUAAAACCGAAAACAACAAACCAGAAAAUGGCCCUAAUGUCUCUGAAAACAGUCCUGGAAAACAGAAACAAGCCAGAAAACACAAAAGAGCCAAGUGUCCAGCAAUCGUUAAGGAUGGUAAAUUUGUUUGUCGGAGGUGUUUCAGACAAUUUGACAGUCCUAGAUCCCUUGGGGGCCAUUUGUCCAAGCGCACGAUUUGCAAACCAUAUCAAGACUCUGAACUGAACGCAGACUUGCCAAGGUCAUUUCUGGGUCUUCUCAAUUCAGAGAAAAUUGUUGGUGCCUCGCAGUCACAUCUAUCUUACAACGGUUCCACUAUGUAUCAGAAGCCCAACUACCCACAAGAUAACCUGUCAGCAUAUGGCAAUGGUGAGUCAAACGAUGACAUCCUCAAACAAAUUAUGGCUGAAUCAAAUAUGUCUGAUCUUUUUGUGCACGCCUCUGUUCCCCAGCCAUUGUUUCAAAGCCCCUGUACUCCCUACGGGGCUAGUGAGCGCGUACAUGGCUCAGUAAUACAACAUACAGAAAAUAUCCAGCUGAAGCAUGAAGAUAUCCCGUACAGUACAACCCAUUAUCCUCAGCCAAGUAUUGAUACAGGUCCUGGAAGUGAAUUCCCUGAGCCUCUUCUUUCACAAAUCCUCACAGAAAAUCCUUCCACUUCUAUCCUUGGUAGUGCUCCCACAAACACCAUGACUCCUGGAGAACUUCACUGUGAAAUGGCUAUUCUGACACCUAAUGCACAUUCAAACUUGAUAUCUGUGCAACAUGACAGACAGCUCAGUCAGGCAAUAACAAAUGGCAAUAAAACUGAGACGCAAAGGAGGACUACUGAGAAGGACAUUAAAAAGCGGUUGCGUGAGCAGAUUUUGGCUGGUGACUUUCAGCGCAGAAGCAUGUGUCAUUCAAGCAACAGUGAUCAAAAAGCAAAUCCCAUAUCUUUGGCCCCAGUGUAUAGUCCUCCCAAUAGUUCUGAAUUUCAUAGUUUGUCUCAUGAUGCAAACAACGAUUCAGUUGUCCAUGGGCAAGUCUUUAAAAGCAGUUCAGGAUCAUCUGGUGAAAUCAAACAACUAUUAAAUACACAUAGCUUCACUUGUUUCAGAGAGACGGCUGCAAUGCAGCAGAAGGUACCAAGCCCAACAGGCAUUUUGGCGAGUGAUCCAGAUCCUGAACCCUCUGAGUUAUCAAACAGCCAACAACAGUGCAUGACAGAAAUUCAGUCUGCGUUUGAGAGACUGAACUUAGUCAGAGAAAUGUCUGUUCAGAAGUCAGCCUCUAUGAAACAGAAUAGAGCCUGUACGGACAGCUGGGCUCUACCUUCAAAAGAAAAGUCCACUAGCUUAGUUUCUCCUACCUUUGUCAAACCAUUUGCUUGUGAGUGCUGUUCAUUUAGUUCCAUAUCCAGUGAAGCACUUUGGAAACACCUCUCCAAAACACACAACUACACACUUGAGAUGGUUAAUGUCGUCAAAAAAAAGUACGGCCAAUAUGCUCCUUUUAAGUGUCAGAAAUGUAGCAAAGCAUUUACUCGAAACUCAAACCUUCGCACUCACUACGUGUCAUUACACAAACUAUCGGCUGAAGAAAUUUCAGAACUUGAUGUAAAGCGCAAACUGGCCAACGCUGCUGCAUCUCCUGCUAUUCAGAAGUGGCCAGGUAGUACAGGUGAGGCCCCAGCUAACUGCUCACGUGCUGCUAAUGGGAAACAUCUGUAUCCACUCCAAGAUGCAGUAAAAAGUGAGGCAUUUGUCCCUUGCAUUAACACAGCUCAUCAUAAAUCUCAAGAUGAAAUUUGCCCCUCAGUCCUUCAUCCCUUGCAGUCUGUUCCCAUGUACAACCAGGAAAUGACUCCACCAGCGCAGGCUCAAACAUCUACAGGAUUUCUGUCAGCAGGGAUGCCAUUAGCACAGUGCUCACAAGAACAGCAAAGAAACUCGGCUAGAGUGCACAAUCAACAUGCAGGAAGUUCGUUUUUCCCCAAAGUAUCUCUUCCUGUUACCCAGGAUUUGCCUGCCACACCUUACGCUAAAGGCCCGCUGACUCCUGACCAAGGAUCUAUGAGUAGAGAGGGUGUGGAUAAGCCAAAUACAGACAUCACCAUGAAAACAAGAGGGAAAAAACCUAAAUCAGGCGACCCCACUAGUCCCUACAGACCUUAUCGCUGCGUCCAUCAAGGCUGCAUGGCUGCUUUUACCAUCCAGCAUAAUCUAAUACUCCAUUACAGAUCAGUGCACCAGUCUGCUUUGUCAGCACUGGAGGUAAACAAAGAGCAAGACCAUAGUGAAGGAGUGGAUGAAAUAAUGGACCAUGCUGAAGAAGAGCCAGAGGCAGAGUUUCCUCAAGUUUCUGAAUUCAGGUGCCAAGUCAAAGACUGCUGCUGUGUUUUCCAAGAACUUCCCAACCUAUUCCAGCAUUAUUUCCAGCUACAUAAAUUCACUCUCGAUAAGGUUGGCAGUCUUUUAUCUGGCAUCAAACUUGGGACGUUCACUUGCGGCCACAAAGGUUGUACAGAAUCCUUCACUGCUUUACGAAAAUAUGUAGGUCAUGUCAAAGAAGAACAUAAAGAUCUAAAUCUUACCAAACCGGAGCAAUUAAAUGUUUCAUUUAAGUGUGAAAUUGAAGGCUGCGACCGUUCAUACGCCACAAAGUCAAAUCUGCUCCGACAUGUCAUGAAAAAACACCAGGACCUCUACCAACACAAGCUAAAAAAUAAACAGGUGAAAGAGAAUGGGAUGAAACAGAAGUCAAAGACUUUGCUUUAUCAAAUUACCAAGACAAGUAAUGGGAAAGAAAACAUUGAGAGCAACAAAAAAAACUUUUUGAAAGCCAACGCAAAGAGAGUGGGCAGGUCGAAGAAUCACUGGGUUAAAUAUGGAAAGCCGUCCUUGAAAUCUAAACUUGAGGCAUCUGCGAUGUGUACCAAGAAAUUCCCUCUACAGUAUCCUUGUAUGAUCAAGGGUUGCGAGCUGGUUAUGAAAACCGAGCGUAGCAUACUUAAACAUUACAUGGGGCACGGAUUGUCUGAAAAGUACCUAGAAGAGCACAGGAGUCACUUCAUAUUCUGCAGGAAGUUCGCCAGGCAGAAGUGUCACUCCAUCAGGAGCGAUGACUCCAAAUCAGACAACACCUCUGAUCAGUCAGACAACGAAAUGACGCCACCUGCCGUUGUAGACGGAGUGGAUUAUGACGAUUCAAAGCCUGUCCUGCGCAGGAGGAUUCCAGCAGGGAUCCCCAUUGCGUUAUUUGACAGUAAAUUAUCAAACGACGAAAGCUCUAACAGCUCUGCAGUGCUGAAAAGAAAGCGAGGGCGUCCACGGAAGUUCAUAGAAAAAAUAGCCAAACGCAAGAAAAUUUCACAUGUGACAAAGACUGAUGUGGUUUACAGCAAGGAGGAGGAGUCGGAGUCCUCCUGCCCUGUCGAAAUCCAGGAGCAGACUGAGCCAAGCCCUUCACUUGCCUCUUUUAAACCAAUGGGAUUUGAAAUGUCUUUUCUAAAAUUCCUGGAGCAGUCAAACAAAUCUGAACACAAACUGAUAAAGACGGUGACAGAAAUGAAGAUCCAAGCCAGCCUGAACACCAAAGACACCUGUGUCAAGUUCAGCAAUCGGCAGAACCUGAAGUCACUUGGUAAAGUAAAGAUAAAUCUAGACCCGACCUUUUCAAGUGUCACUGGCCCCAUGUUGAAGCAGCUGCAGCACAUGCAUCCGACAGUAGUAUUAGAAAAAUGUGACUAGUGUUUUCUUCUUCUUUUUGUAAGUUUGCCUCUGCAGUUUUUCAGGACUUGAGGGAGUAAAUUCUGCUGCAGACUGGCUCCCCAUCCUCCCCUUACUGGGAAAAAAGCUAUACAUGUACAGUUUCCCCUUUUUAUACAGUAACUUUUAAAGCAUGUUUAGAUUCUUUACCAAUUUGAUCUAACACGGUGUUAAACUGACAUCAGCUUGUGUCUUAAUUAUCCCUGUGGGACAUGGACACAAUGGGCUAAAAUUGACUGCUGUUGUGUGUAGCUUGUGAAGAUGUUGAAUAUGUGAUUACUGUGUAUAUAGUUUGAAAUCAUCUACUGCCACCAGCAGUCUUGUUAUUAAACAGUUUUUGUUUGAUACCACUGUCAUUCAGGAAUUCAUUUGGUUUAAAGGUUAGACAUGUUUCUUUAUAAAGCAAGUGUAUGAUUUUGACCUUUUUUCAAUCGUUAGGUACAUGUGAGCUCAUUAAAUGCUCUGCAGUCUUUUGUAAGGGAAUGUGCUUUCUUAUGUCAUGAUCUCAUUUUCUAUUUAAAACUCACCAGUUAAAAUCCCGGUGUUUAACCUUCACUUCGUAGUCACAUAUUGAAUGCUAAUAAAUGAAUAGUGCAGUGUUUUGGAGCUGCACUUAUUUAGUGUCCACAAACGCCUUAUUGUGCAUUCCAAGUGUCCUCGGAUCUGGAGUUCUGAGACACCGGGAACGCACCAUUAAAAUAGGCGUUUUUUUUAGUGCACAUAUAAAAUGGAAAUGCUUCUGUGUUGUUGUUUUUUUUUUAAUUUAUUUUAUAUCAUCCAUUUGUGAUACUCCAAUGUGUUAUUCCUUUUAAACAAAUCAUUAUUCCCUAUUCCAUCCAGAUAAAGGUAGAAAUAGUACGAAAUGAAUGGAUAAAGCUCAAGGUAGUGAUCUUAGUGUUGUGAUUGUGUCAGUUGUCACUUCUGUGCAGCAAAAGGCUCAUUGGGCUAAAUACCAACCUCAAAACUGGUCAUUGAUCCCAUUUCAGGGGAGAGUGAGUUACUGCCAUGUUUGUUCUUCAGUCAAAAUUCAUCUGCAGUUGCCCAUUUUUAAUGUUUUUAUUAAAUAAAUGAAAUUUUUGGAAAAUUA